GUGGUGGAAGGCAUGGAGAACAAAAGCAGGUGUGUGAGGACUGCAUGCGCAGCACCAUGCGACCGCAUGCCAGCUUGCGCAGACCGCAUGGGGCUGUGCAAGCUGGCGCGAGUGGCCGCGGCUACGGAUGAGCAAUGGGAAUUGCAGGGAUGA